UCCGGUUGCCGACAUGGAAACGUGAGAGUGGUGAAAUUAAGUCUGAGAAUUAAAGUCGUGUUUUACUUCUUAGUGGACGAAGCCAUGGAGGUCUUCGGCGAGGAGUUUGGGGCCAUGACGCCGCAGCAGCUGGCCGCCCCUGUCAAUACAGUUGAGGAAAAAUGGAAACUUCUGCCAGCCUUCCUGAAGGUGAAAGGGCUUGUGAAGCAGCACAUUGACUCCUUCAAUUACUUCAUCAACGUGGAGAUAAAGAAGAUCAUGAAAGCCAAUGAGAAGAUCACCAGUGAUGCUGAUCCAAUGUGGUAUCUUAAGUACCUCAAUAUCUAUGUGGGCAUGCCCGAUGUGGAGGAGAGCUUCAAUGUGACGAGACCCGUCUCCCCACAUGAGUGUCGCCUGAGGGACAUGACCUACUCGGCACCCAUCACCGUGGACAUCGAGUACACGCGAGGCAGCCAGAGAAUCAUCCGGAACGCCCUGCCCAUCGGCAGAAUGCCCAUCAUGCUGCGCAGCUCCAACUGCGUUCUGACGGGAAAGACGCCGGUCGAGUUCUCCAAGCUGAACGAGUGCCCGCUGGACCCAGGAGGCUACUUCAUCGUCAAGGGCCAGGAGAAGGUCAUUCUGAUCCAGGAGCAGCUGUCCAAGAACCGCAUCAUUGUGGAGCAGGACAGGAAGGGCGCGGUCGGGGCGUCUGUGACCAGCUCCACCCACGAGAAGAAAAGCAGAACCAACAUGAUCGUGAAGCAGGGCAGGUUCUACCUCAGACACAACACCCUGUCUGAGGAUGCCCCCAUCGCCAUCAUCUUCAAGGCGAUGGGCGUGGAGAGUGACCAGGAGAUUGUGCAGAUGAUCGGCACUGAGGAGCACGUCAUGGCCGCCUUCGCCCCCAGCCUGGAGGAGUGUCAGAAGGCCCAGAUCUUCACCCAGACGCAGGCUCUGAAAUACAUCGGAAAUAAAGUCCGUCGCCAGCGCAUGUGGGGAGGGCCCAAGAAAACCAAAAUGGAGGAGGCCAGAGAGCUGCUCGCCUCCACCAUCCUCACCCACGUGCCUGUGAAGGAGUUUAACUUCAGGGCCAAGUGCAUUUACCUGGCUGUGAUGGUGCGCAGAGUGAUCUUAGCCCAAGGGGACAACAAGGUGGACGACAGGGAUUACUACGGCAACAAGCGUCUGGAACUGGCUGGACAGCUCCUGUCUCUCCUGUUUGAGGACCUUUUCAAGAAGUUCAACUCGGAGCUGAAGAAGAUCGCCGACCAGAUCAUCCCCAAGCAGCGCGCGGCGCAGUUCGACGUGGUCAAACACAUGCGGCAGGACCAGAUCACCAACGGCAUGGUCAACGCCAUCUCCACCGGGAACUGGUCUCUGAAGCGCUUUAAGAUGGACCGACAGGGCGUGACGCAGGUGCUGUCCCGGCUCUCCUAUAUCUCUGCCCUGGGCAUGAUGACGCGCAUCUCCUCCCAGUUUGAGAAGACCAGGAAGGUCAGCGGCCCCCGAUCCCUGCAGCCCUCGCAGUGGGGCAUGCUGUGCCCCUCUGACACACCUGAGGGAGAGGCCUGUGGGCUGGUGAAGAACCUGGCUCUAAUGACCCACAUCACCACUGACAUGGAGGACGGGCCCAUCAUCAAGCUGGCCUUCAACCUGGGGGUGGAGGACGUCAACCUGCUCUGUGGAGAGGAGCUGUCCUACCCCAGCGUCUUCCUGGUCUUCCUCAACGGUAAUAUUCUGGGGGUGAUCAGGGAUCAUCAGAAGCUGGUUCAUACCUUCCGGCUGAUGAGGCGUGCCGGCUUCAUUAACGAGUUUGUUUCCAUCUCCACCAACCUGGCGGACCGCUGCGUAUACAUCUCCUCCGACGGGGGCCGGCUCUGCAGGCCCUACAUCAUUGUGAAGAAAGGCCAGCCUGCAGUCCGAAACAAGCACAUAGAGGAGCUCUCUCAGGGCUACAGAAAUUUUGAAGACUUUCUCCAUGAAAGCUUGGUGGAGUACCUGGACGUCAAUGAGGAGAAUGACUGCAACAUCGCCCUGUAUGAGCACAUGAUUACCAAGGACACCUCUCACUUGGAAAUCGAACCCUUCACUCUUCUGGGGGUGUGUGCCGGCCUCAUCCCUUACCCCCACCAUAACCAGUCCCCCAGAAACACCUACCAGUGUGCUAUGGGCAAGCAGGCCAUGGGGACGAUUGGGUACAACCAGAGGAACCGGAUAGACACGCUGAUGUACCUGCUGGCGUAUCCGCAGAAGCCCAUGGUGAAGACCAAGACCAUCGAGCUGAUCGAUUUCGAGAAGCUGCCGGCGGGUCAGAACGCCACCGUGGCGGUCAUGAGCUACAGCGGCUACGAUAUCGAGGAUGCACUGGUGCUCAACAAGGCCUCGCUGGACAGGGGGUUCGGGAGGUGUCUGGUCUAUAAGAAUGCUAAAUGCACCCUGAAGCGCUACACCAACCAGACCUUCGACAAGGUGAUGGGGCCCAUGCUGGACGCCGCCACCCGGAAGCCCAUCUGGCGACACAACAUCCUGGACGCUGACGGGAUAUGCUCCCCCGGGGAGAAGGUGGAGAACAAGCAGGUCCUGGUGAACAAGUCCAUGCCCACCGUCACCCAGACGCCCCUCGAGGGCAGUGCCCAGCCAGGCCAGCCGCAGUACCGGGAUGUGCCCAUCACGUACAAAGGCUCGACGGACUCGUACAUAGAGAAGGUGAUGAUCUCAUCCAAUGCGGACGACGCCUUCCUCAUCAAGAUCCUGCUGCGUCAGACCAGGCGGCCGGAGAUCGGAGACAAGUUCAGCAGCCGCCACGGCCAGAAAGGUGUGUGUGGAUUAAUCGUCCCACAGGAGGACAUGCCCUUCUGUGACUCCGGCAUCUGCCCCGACAUCAUCAUGAACCCGCACGGCUACCCCUCCCGAAUGACGGUAGGGAAGCUGAUAGAGCUCCUGGCAGGUAAGGCGGGGGUUCUGGAUGGGCGUUUCCACUACGGCACAGCCUUUGGGGGCAGUAAGGUGAAGGACGUGUGUGAGGACCUGAUUCGCUAUGGGUACAACUACCAGGGGAAGGACUACGUCACCUCCGGCAUCACGGGAGAGCCACUGGAGGCCUACAUUUACUUCGGUCCAGUUUACUACCAGAAGCUGAAGCACAUGGUUCUGGAUAAGAUGCACGCCAGGGCCCGGGGGCCCAGAGCUGUCCUCACCAGGCAGCCCACAGAGGGGCGCUCCAGAGACGGCGGGCUGAGGCUGGGGGAGAUGGAGCGGGACUGUCUGAUUGGCUACGGGGCCAGCAUGCUGCUGCUGGAGAGGCUCAUGAUCUCCAGCGACGCCUUCGAGGUGGACGUGUGCGGCCAGUGUGGCCUGCUGGGGUACUCCGGCUGGUGCCAUUACUGCAAGUCGUCCUGCCAGGUGUCGUCCCUGCGCAUCCCCUACGCCUGCAAGCUGCUCUUCCAGGAGCUGCAGUCCAUGAACAUCGUCCCGCGCCUCAAACUGUCCCGCUACAACGAGUGACAGAGAGAGAGCAGGGCGGCCUGCACAGCUGCACGGGGUGUGUCCUCUCAGCAUGACUCUGAUCAACUGCCUUUUUUGGGGCAAGUUGAUUCUGUUGAUCAGACUCGUUAGGAUUCUUUUGAAUAUGGAGAGAAAGCUGGCCAGCACUGGGCCAGCAGGGCCAGGAAACUGUGGAAUGUGUUAUAUCCCCUGUGCAGGGAUGAGUUGGGCGUGGCUCAGCUGAGGGAUGUGGUAUGCCCACAUUAAGAUGCAGAAGAUGCAUCAGCUCACUGGAGUGGGAAUAACCUCUCACCCUCAUGGACUUUAUUAUUUAAUGGGGUUCCGGGUCAGACCUGAGUGUUUUUUGUUUGCAUUUUCAAUAAUGUUAAUAUCACUUCUGACAUGCAAAACAACAGGUGAGUUUUUGUUGUGAAUCUAUGUCCUCAGUAAAUAUGAAAUAUAAUUUACUGAUUAUGGAUGUUCACUUAUAACUCAUGUUAUGUCUGUCAUGUGUCAGCAGUGAGUUUCUGUUGUUCUAUACUGUUCCUGGAGGUUGAAUAAAGAGAAA